UUCAGAAAAGAAAUGGAUGCUGUAGAAGACUCCGGUACUUUCGGCUUGCCCCCUGCGAAGGCUCAGAUGAGGGGUCGGUUCAGCUGGGGUCUCGUGCUGCUGCUCUCCGUGCUGGCGUAUGGCUCGCACGCCCCCUUGAUCGGCCUGUGCAAGGUGGAUGGGAGGGUUCCCUUCAGCUCCUCCUCCGUCGUGGUUCUGGUUGAGCUGGCAAAACUGGUUGUGUCGUCCGUGUUACUCCUGGCCUGUGACCGCAGCUCGCUCGCCAGCAGCGGCGCCAUCUCUGUGCGCUCAGCCCUCCCUUUCGCUGUGCCCGCCUCCCUUUACGCCAUCAACAACAACCUGGUCGUCCACAUGCAGCACCACAUGGACCCCGUGACCUUCCAGGUGCUGAGCAACCUCAAGAUUGCUGCCACUGCCUCUGCCCUCAGCCUCCUGCUGCGCCAGCGGCUGCCCGCGCGCAAAUGGCUGGCACUCUUCCUGCUGAUGAUAGCUGGGGCAUGCCAUGCCGGUGCUCUGCGUGGCCAGCCUGGGGACGUGGAGCCAGCAGUACAUGCCCACCUCUACAUCACACCGUGGGGAGCAGUCGCCAUCACCGCCUACUGCUCGAUAUCCGGCCUCUCUGCCGUGUACACCGAGUGGGCUUUGAAGUCACAGCCGCUGCCCCUCAACCUGCAGAACCUGUUCCUGUACACUUUCGGGGUCGCUGUUAAUUCCAUCACGCACGCAGCCAGCUCCCCUGUAAGCAGCUUCUUUGAGGGAUACUCGGCCUGGGUGGCUGUGAUAAUUGCCACCCAGGCUCUGAAUGGGCUGCUGAUGUCUAUCGUCAUGAAGUACAACAACAACAUCACCAGACUAUUUAUAAUUUCCUGCUCCAUGUUGGUUAACGCAAUCCUUUCUGUCCUCUUGUUUAACCUCCAGCUCACCCCUUUAUUCAUUGUAGCAGUGGGGCUAAUCUGUACAGCUAUUCAUCUCUACUAUCGAGUUAGGUAAUACUGACUAAUAGGGUCAUGGUUUUUGUUUGGGUUCGGUUUGUCUGCUCCCUACCUCACCUCCAUUUGAUGUUUCUUGAUUUGCAGAAUACCUUUUGUGUUAGGUUUUCUGAACUCUGGCCCCAACCUGAUUCAGUCUACCUCGCCUUCUAGGGCCCUCUGUUAAUGUCACUGAAGUGAGGAUGGGAAUAGCGGUGCAGUUGCUUCCAGGAUCGGGCUGAUAUACCCCAUAAUGUCUUAAACUGAACACUGUACAGGAUACGUGUUGGGAAACCUCAAACCCAACCAAUCAGGUAGCUGCAUUAUUGCUGCUAUUCACAUUCUUAUUGCUGUGGCUCUGGUUACAACUUCUUAAUUUUCUUCAUCUCUCUUCCGCUCUCUGCUAGAGAGGGUUACCAGCCCUCCAGGAUUGGCCUGCAGCCUCUGGGAGUUAUAAAUGUUCACAUCCAAAAUGUCGUGAAAGAUCCAGGUGACAAAAUCCCAAAACGCUGACCAUCACCGUGGUAAACAGGAGUUCCCAAAUCUAGUUGUACGUUACCCUGGAGGUUUCAUCAUGUCCUCCCCCAUAUAAACCACUCCCCCACCUGCCAUUGGUCACCCAGCACAUCCAUCCUCACAGCCCCACCUUCCACCGCCAAUUGGCAGGUGAACAGAUUAAUCUCCAAGGCAGCGUUGCAAUUUAACAAAAGGAAACUCAGGUGCAUUCUGUAAACUAGAACCUUUACCCCCUUCAUUUUCUUUAAAUGUUUUUGUCAUUUUACUUGGCCCCAGGAAUCAUCCAAUCAGGUGGCAGGGAAUCUGUUCGCUUUCCAAUUAGCAGUGGAAGGCAGGGCUUCGCGAGGAUGAACAUGUUGGGCAGACAGUGGUGGGUCAGGAGUGGCUAGAGGUGGGAGAUAUGAAGAAAUCACAUAGGUAAUGCACAACUGGAGUUGCCAACUCCUGUUUACUAUGGCGGUGAUGUCCAGAAUUUUGGGACUCUGUCACCUGGAACUUGCAACAAUACUUUGGGGUUGGGGGUAAUUUGAGGAUCCUUUGAAAUUUUCUUGGCUGCUUGAGAUGGGUUUGAAGUAACCAUACAGUUGGCUAAAAAGGGAGGGAAAGUCUAGGGUUAGUUCAAGUUGUGUAUCCUAUUUUGCUUUAAGUUUUGACCUCUGAGCCCGGCCAACUCCAGUCUUCCCUCUCUCGAAGCCACAAACAUAAAUCUGAUUUUCCUCAGUGUAAUGGAGGCUGUGCAACUUUAAGCUGCCGUUAGAGAUAAUCCUGGGGAGCCAGACUGCCGGUUGGGUUUUCUGCAGUCUGAAAACUGAAGCAAGGGAAAACUUAAGCAAAACUCCCUGAACUUUCCUUUUGUCUUUUUAAUAAUUAUCUCACUGGACAAGAAAACAAUAUCUAUCCUCCUAGGAAUAGGCCAUUCAGCCCUUCAAGCCUACUCCAACCCCAUUUAUCCAUCUUUGCUUCUUAUCCCUUGAUCUCCUAACCUAAUAACAUAAAUGGGUCUCAGUGUGGAAAUCUCUAAUUCCUGGCUUUAGGGCGAGAGAGUUCCAGAUUUCUAUUACCCUUUGUAUGGUGAAAGCGCUUCCAGAUUUCUCUCUUGAACAGCUUGAGUCUAAUUUUAAUGUUACACCAUGUCCUUUUGAAAUAAUUUUUUCUCAUGUUAACUUCAAAUCUCAGCUUUAGCUUCAGCUUUCUGGAGUUUCUCUUCUCUCUCUAACUCAUUUCAGUGUGCUGAAUGUCAAUAUCUGAAGCUGUCUUUGUCUCCCUGUUGCCCAUCAGAGGUAUCCACUGAAUGAUAGCUGACAGUCUGAAGUGUAGCGUUGUAAGAGGGGGGUUGAUCACAGCACUUAUGGGCUAGUGCCUUUCCUAGAAAUCAUUGCUCUUCAAUUUCAGCACUGACUAUCAGGCUGACCAACUGAAAACAGGAGUAAAGCUGGAAUGGUGCAGUAAACAAGUUAGCACCUGGAAGAGGAAAGGCAAUUUAACAUCUUUAGCAUAAUCUUUCAACAUGUUGAGCUUACCUCCAGAAACCUGUUCUGCCCUAUACACCUGUAACAGUGUGAAUGCUUGACUAAUCCAUUCCUUAUUCAACCUUUGCUACUUUCCAACUUGUCCUUUAACAAUUGAUUUAUUGUUGGGAUGGAGUUCCAUUGACGUCAGUCAUAUCUCAAGUACCUAGCCCAAGUACAAUCAGCUGCUUAACCACAGGUGGCAUCACACCUGAUCUGGUCAGACUAUCCACCUGUGCUUCCUGGGUAGAAGUGGUGAAGACUCCUUCUCCUCCAGCACUCAGUCCUUGAAAUUCAAGGCACCAAGUAACUUUGCAGAACAACUCCUGUCAAGAUGAACCAGGCAUUGUUUCAAAGACUUCCUUAUCUUUGUGGCUCCCCUUGUUAGCCAUGGUGUUGCCUGGUUCAACUUCUCAUCAAUGGUGGCAUCCUCACCCCCAGUUGAAGAGACUUGGGUGAUGGUGAUGUUGCACUGAUCAGGUGGUAGUGGGCGGGCUUUCUCUUUGUCAUUGAGGGGCAACUGUCCAAUUUCGGUCCUGAUGAAGGUCAAUGCCUGAAACAAUGGCACAUAUGCUUGCUGGCCACGUUCCAGUGAUUAUCCAGCAGGUUUAGGGCAGAUAGGUUGGAAGUGUGCCUGUAUCUUCUUUUCCUGGGAGAAGGGGCUUCCCAAUGUCCUGCCUGCAAGCUAGGGACAUUCAGAUGUCACUGGAAGUUUAUCACUGUUCCAACACAUACAGGAGCCGUGACGAGCAGUACCCUUCCCCUGUACCUCACCCCUUGAUGGGUUGGCUGCCCCUUCCCCCCCAUCCUGACUAGCAAUUGGAGAGCCCAAUUCCUAUAGUGACUCCAGGAGGGCAUCAGUUGAGUAGGCAAAUGGUCUUCAGGUGUCCCCAUGAUUAGUUUCCCGACUAACACUAAAGCCUCCCCAUGGAGAAUAACCACUUGGUUAGGUUACUUGCUGGACGCUCCCUCGUGUCUCACACCAGCUGUCCUGUGAUCCCUCGUAUCAGAUUACCAGAGGGCUGCUUGCACCCAUGAAUCUGUUGUCCUUCAAGAAGAAAAUAAACUAAAACAAAAUCCCUCCCUUAUUUUUAAGGUGCCAACCGACUUGGGCAUUUCAGCAUUUUGUUUUCUAUGUUGCCAAGAGAUUAUUCCAAGGCACAGCCUCUCUCUGUUAACAUCAUUGUUAACUAUGGGUUGUGAGCUAUAACACUUCAAAAAUGAAUGCAUCUGGAGUGAUCUUGCCAUGUUUACAUAUAAUAGAUGAACUUGCUCAAAAUUUCCCUAAUUCAUUGUGUACUUUUUUGCAAUGGCGCAAUAUAACCAUUUAAAAGUAUGCAAAUAUUGUGCACAUAAGAAUGGUGCAUUGUAUUAGUGAGCAUUAGAAAUGUAGAGAAAAUAUUUAUGUUUCUUUUCCGAAUAGAAAAUCAUUAUUUUAAAAGCUAUUUCACUGUUCAGGGUUAAAUGCCUGUCUUAACCCUGUAAUGGCUGUAGCUGCAGCUGCUUUACCCUUUUAAAGGCAGCAGCACUGGAUGCUGAGGCCCUUAUAAAGGCUUUAGCUGUGGUUUCUUAUACCAAAAACACAAUAAUGUACAUGUAUCAAUGCAUGCCUUAUAUCUAAUUUUCUCAUUCAUGCGCUGGAAAUUUAGAAUUGUAAGUCGCUGAGGUGGUGUGACGAGUUUAGAUGUGCCCUUUCACGUCGGGAGCUCCGGUCAAAUGCUGCUCACAUUACAGUGGCCUCUUGUCUGAUCAACUGAAGGGAUUCUGCAGUUUCCAGACAGGCCCCUCAAAAUGGUGAGCUUACAGUGACAGUGUUGCUCUUGGAAGAAACUGCAGGGCAGUAUCUGUGGGAGGAAUUCACAUCUAUGCUCCCCUGGAGGAAGUGGUGGGACUGAGAAACCUUUAUUCCGUAUCUAAUCACACCAUACAGGACUUGGGGAAUAAUGGGCGACCAAAGUUGAAACCAUUGUAUUGCACAGCUCUUAAACACCCUGUGCCUUUCCUCCAGAAUUCACCAAAAAUAAAUACAAGGGUACUUUUUUUUUAAUGUCUUACUUUUUUUUUUGGUAUAUUUUAUCUGGGUUUCUUGGAGACCAGUUUCAGGUUUUUCAUAAGCUUUGCACAUUUUGAUUUUUUCUUUUAGGUCCAGUUGUUGUAGAAACUGGAGUUUGCAGUCCAACUGUUGAAAUCUAAAGCGGGCAAGGCAUUGUGAUUAAUGCGAAGAGAUUCCUUUUCUAUACCCCCCUCUUUUUGCCAACAGUGCUAUGCUUGAGAAGAGGGCAAAUAUUUGUUUACUCACUGAAGGCCAGUGAGAAAGUUUUGUUGAGAAUCACAACCUUAAGCAGAGGCUUCCUUGAGGGUCACAUUAGAGAACCACAAUGAAUUAAUAUGAAUAUAUAUAUUUAAUUAAAUGACACCCACUUCGCCUUCCUAAACCCCAGUUCAGGAAUGUCCCAGAGAUGGGAACAAACACCCAAAGAAACUAGUAAAGCAGCAGAUCUGCUGAGAGCUGCUGAUGAAAGGGAGAAUGAAUAAGAUUGUCCCACCCCAUGGGCCUUAAUUGAGUACCAUUAUUGUAGAUGAGAUAAAUUCAUGUCUUGUCAUCAAUCCAACUGCUUUGGGCACAGAAAAUGGUAUCUAAUUAACUUCACAACCCAGACCUAACUGCUUUGAAAAUAUAUUCUUGAGAACAAAUGUCUGCUUUCCGUGGCUGCAAAUGUCAUAGACUGGCCCAGAAUUUCCUGAAGACUUGCACCAAUGCAAUGCUGAUUUAGAAGAUGGAGGAAAUUUGGGUCUAAGUGACUUCAAUGUUUAUGCUGCAUCUAAAUUUCCCCCUGUUUUAAGCUGAUUGUUCGAAACCUCGCUUAUUAAAAUAGCCCCGUGCGAAAAUACAGCAAAUGUCCUGAAUUUCUGCAGGUUUUCAGUGGGCUGUAUACCUACGCUUUAAAAGUUUAGAUUCAGUGAGACCCUAGAUUAUGUUUCAGGUUUUAAUGACAAUUUUCUCCAGUUUUUAAAAAAAUAAAUUUCCUCAGAGACCUGCAAUAAAUUUUGUAUACGAUGACAUUAAAAUGACCAGCAUUCAGACAAUGCACAUCUUUCAAUUUUUAACACUCCUUUCCAUUUGUUUUACCUUUUCGGCUUAUUCUACUGAGAUGCUCAGGAAAUUACACUGUGACCUGUUGACUGGAAAAUUAAUGCAAAUUCAGGCACAGUUACCCAGUUACACUGCUUCAGGAAAUUCUUUGCUGUUCAGUGAAUAUCUAAACUGGUUUGGCACUGAAAUCAGGAUGCUCUCUGAUUUACAAACCCGCUCCCCACCUCCACCACCUUGUUCACAGGAACCACCUUAUUACGCAAUCAGGACAAGUUAUUAGGGUCCAGUUUCCAGCCUUUAGAAAUCUGGGUGCUUUUUGUGACCACAAUUCAUUGCAAAAUUAAAGUAACUGGGCAAUGAAAGAAAAACUGGAAACACAGAACAGACUGAACUUGGCAAAUACAGACUGUCUUGCAAUAUAUUUUCAAACUUUUUUUUCUAUUAAAAUUUUAACUGACAACAGGCAAACGUCCUGUUUUUAAGAAAAGGAAAGUGCAUUGGACCGUUUUAUAUUUUUUAAAAAAGAAAUGUAACUCUGGAAUUCUGGAAGAUUCUUUGCUAUCACCACAAUGUAUACAUAAUCAGUAUAAGUUAUGUUAUAUAAAUUAAAGGUAUUUUAUAAAGCUA